GUUGAUAGUAAAGAACGUCUUUUAUUGCACACUUCAAAGCGGGAAGACACAUUUUUCUGACUCGGAAAUAUCAAUUUUAAUUGUGGUCAACAUGUUUAAGAUUUUCAAUGCUAGUAGAGGAUUACUAAGAAUCAUACAGGUACACCCAUGUCAAGCGUUAACAAGUCUUAUGUCAUCUACCCAGAGGUGGAGAAAGGUUGUGCAACAUGGGUUGGUUCCAAAAUUCUCUCCGCUCAUCUUACCUGCCCGGGGACUAAAAAACCAUGUGAUACAGUUUAGAAAGGCUCCAGUGGAGUACCCGCCGGUCACUGGAACUGAACACUGGAGACGGAAGAUGCGCACAUUUUUCAGGUGUUUUGAUGUAAACGGUGACUGCUACAUUACAAAAGAAGACUUCGUGAUAAGUGCAAAACGCAUCGCCGACUACAUGAACCUUAACGAUGAGAGAGCAGAGCAUAUGUUGAAUCAGCGUAUUGCUAUGUGGGAUUCAACUUCAAAAAUGAAAGAGGGUGCUUCCAAGAUAUCGGAGGAAGAAUAUCUUAAAUCGGCCCCAAUGGUGUUUAAUCAGAUAAGCUACCGACACGAGGUUUUUCCCUUACAUGUGUCCAUGCAUUUUACUGCUUUGGACCUUGAUAGCGAUGGUCUGAUCUCAAGAGAUGAACACAAGGCUUCGGCUUAUAGCUUUAACAUCCCUGAAGAAGAGUCGAAGAAAAUAUUUGACCUGUUGGACAUAGACAAAAGUGGAUUUAUAACCAUUGACGAGAUUGCCCAUGGUUUAGCCGAGUUCUUCUUUACUGAAGACCCAAAGAACAAAUACAACGUAAUAUUCGGACCACUGGCUGAUUAGAUACUGACUUAAAUAAUGCAUGCCUUUUGAAUGUCAACAAGUUCAACCAGUAAUGUCAUAUCUACUAUACGACCAUGAAGAUAAUCUAAUGGGUGUAGCCUUAUUACAAUAUUUGUCAAGAAUUUGGAAUGGUUCGUUCCAAUGUCGAAGUCACUGUGGUAGAUUUAUAAACCUUUCAAUGCACAUUGCUUUAAAUCGUAUAGUUUUGUUCCAAUGAAAAUAAUUGUUAAAAUAAUUGCUGUAAAGUACGAGGUAUAUUGGAAUGUACAUAUUUGACAUGUAUAUAUCAAAGUCAUUUAUAUGAAAUCUAAAUGUUAGAAAAAAAAAAACAAAUAGACGGUCGGCAUGGAUAAAUUACACAAUUUGGUUUUAAGAACCAUUGUAGGAACUAGCAAUUCCCAUUGGAAAAUAGAGAUCAAGGUAACAAAUUCAACUAAAAUAGAUCGAUUUUACGUCAAUGAUACAUUUUGCUUCAAAAGAAAAAAGUCAUUUAAAGGAUGCUACAACACUAUGGCUUUUAUUUUGUUUUCUUUAGUUAUAAAUUUUUGUAUUUUUUUAAUUUUAUGAUGUGAUUAAAAGAAGUUAGAGAAGACAUGCCAAUUAAGAGACUGUAGUUUGGUUUAUACCUUCCAUCAUCAAGAUUUAUAAACUCUGUACCAAGAUGGGCCAAUCCUGUUAGAUCGAUCUAGGGAUGGGAACCCAGUCUCACAGCCUGUCUGAGACACGCCUCCGGUUCGAUCAACUCAGUCAGUCAUCUUCAGUGAUGAAGGAUAGCCUGACGAUAUGUUGAUGAUACAGUGUAUGUAGGGGCUUGCCUGCUGAAUCCUUGACAAAUUAUGUUUUAGCCGAGUUGAUAUUGGUGGAUAUACAAUAUGUCAUUUGCUCAGAUUAAACAUAAUUUUUAAAAGUGGACAGAUUAUCCUAAAGUGAAAAGAAACAAAAGGGUUCUAUAACAUAUGGGGGAAGAAGUUGUGAUUGCAUUUUUAUAAUCUUUUGAUCCGAUUUAAGCAAAAAGGCCCAUAUCCUUUAAUGUUUACGGCACCUAUGAUAUAUGCAGCUU